UUACAGUAUACUUAGUAAAUUUCAGAACCUCAAGUCAAAGAAUAUGGGGCCAAAGACCCUAAGCUUCCCGGGCUUUAAAUUAAAUUAACAAAUAAAUAAGGAAAAAUCCUUAGUUAAGUCUGAUACACUCUGAGAAGGCAACUCGACUAGGAAAUGUAGAAGAAAUAAAAAACAAAUAAAAACCCCAAUAUGUGAGAUGAGAACAAAGAGCUACCUUAUGCUGCAGCCGGCUGGGCCACUCAAACAUUUCGUCAGCAGGACCUCAGCCAGCCUUCACAGCCACUUUUAUAAAGCUGGCCCCGGGCACUCCAGAGUGACAUGUGGCUGUGCCACCUACUGCUCCACAGCAGCUUCAGCGGGGCUGGCAGACUUGCCUGAGAGCCAUGGCAAAGACUGGACUUGUAAUUUGUAUCCUGGUGAUCACCCUACUCCUGGACCAGACCACCAGCCACGCGGCCAGAUUAAAAGCUAGGAAGCACAGCAAACGCCGAGUGAAAGAAAAGGAUGGAGACCUGAAAACCCAAGUUGAAAAGCUCUGGAGAGAAGUCAAUGCCCUCAAGGAAAUGCAAGCCCUGCAGACAGUCUGUCUCCGAGGAACAAAAUAUCUUAAGAAAUGCUACCUUGCUUCAGAAGGCUUGAAGCAUUACCAUGAAGCCAAUGAAGACUGCAUUUCCAAGGGAGGGACCUUGGUUAUCCCCAGGAACUCUGACGAAAUCAACGCCCUCCGAGACUAUGGUAAAAGGAGCAUGCCAGGGGUCAAUGACUUUUGGCUGGGCAUCAAUGACAUGGUCUCAGAUGGCAAGUUUGUUGACGUCAAUGGAGCCACCAUCUCCUUUAUCAACUGGGACCGUGCACAGCCUAAUGGUGGCAAGCGGGAAAACUGUGUCCUGUUCUCCCAGUCAGCUCAGGGGAAGUGGAGUGAUGAGGUCUGUCGCAGCACUAAGAGGUACAUCUGUGAGUUUACCAUCCCUUAAGAAGCCCUGUCAAAACAAUCUUCCAAGCAAGAUCGGUUGUGACUUAUAGUCUGAUUGGACCCAAGAAUAAGUCAACCUCAUGAUUAUUAAUUGCAAAGUUACAACAUGGAAGCCAAUGUCUGUAGCAAUUCAACAGAGUCAGCUGAUGUUGCCACCAUGUUGCAUUGCCAUUUUGCCCUCCCUGGGCCACAGGGGAUCAGAAAAUAGCAAUCUAGCCAGUGCACACUGUUUAGCAGCUUCUGCACAUCACGCUAUGAAAUCCUCCUUUUACUUUCCUAGUCCCAUUCACCUGCAUACACUGAGUUAUUUUUAAAAAUACAAUAGCUACACAUCUCUUCAAUCCAGGAAAGCAAGCUUGGGAAUACCCAGGAGAUUUCCUUCUUAAAAUGUAACACAUAUUUGGUUGAUGAGAAUUCCCUCAACCAGAGAUUCUGGGUAUGAUACCAUCCAAAGACUUUUCUGCCUGACACCCAGCCUAUGUAUGCCCUCUUGGCAACAAUACUUGUCAGUCCACAGCCCUUUCUCUGAAUUGCUGAGUCUCCAAGCGAGAUUUGUGUCUCAUCUGCCAUAGCAGAAGACAGAGGUCUGAAGAGAUUGUGACUUAACCAACUAUGCUUUCUUAAACCCAUUGGAAGUUCCCAAUCAUAGUCCAUCAGGAAAUGACAAGAUAGCAUUUUUUUUCUAUUCCGAGCAUUAUAUUAUAACUUCUGUCCUAAAUGGAUUACCCUAAGGCAGGGCAUGGGCAGCAGACUGUAUGGAUAAAGAGGGAGAAAAAGCUAUUUUUCUUUUGUUUUAGCUUCCUUACUCUCUUCUCUAUGUAAAAUUGAGAGAAAACUUACUUGUAUGAAUAUAUAUUAGUUUCCUUUUUUAUAUUCUUUAUAUACUUAUGAAUUUUUCAAUCAUCAUCAUAUAUUUAAGUCUUUUAGGAACAAUUUAUCUUUGGAAUUUGAAAAUCAGAUUUAAAUCAUACUAUUUUGGAGUCACAUCUAUGCAAUUUUUAAUUCUGCCAAAUUCUAUUCCCAUUAAACUGUUUGAUUAGAUUGUAUAUAAUAACUUUAUUAAGAUGAAAUUGCAGUUUAGGCUUAAGGGAAAUAGACUUUUAGAAGUAAAUAAUUUUAAACAUAUUCUAUUCUUCAAGUAAAUAUCAUUUUUUCUUUAAAUCUUAAAUGUGUUUUGUGAGUAAUAACCUUCCCUGCCAGCAUUCACCGCAUGUGCUUGGAAUUAAGUUUCAGUUGUUUUCAGUGUACAAUAAUAAAGCCCGGGUUCCUAUCAA